UCUGAUGUUUCAGGAAUGAGUUGGGCUCUGCCCGGCGCCCUGUUUCCACAAUCGCAGGGCAGCGGGUGCAGGAAAACUUUGGGAGCGCUGCUCUGAGGGCUCCCCCUGCGCACAUCUGCUAAUUGAAAGAUCAGCGUAGCACAGGGACCGCUAAGAUUUGUCUGCAUCUCCCACCGGCGGAGUUACCGAAGGCCGGAGGAGUCCCUUCACCCUGGAGCCCAAGGUCAGGUUGUUCAAACUCCAACCUCAAGCCAGUCUCUACCUCUCCUGCUUUUUCCAGGCCUGCGCUCUCCUUCUCAGAGCCUCGUGGUGUGGGGAACAGAAAGCUACGUCUUGCUGUAGGCCGGUGAUCACCUCCUGCAGUGCAAACACCCCGCUCUUCCUACCCCAAAGUGAGGUCAGUUUUCUCACUAACCAGGAGACCCCUCUGCCAUCUUAUUCCAGCCCUUGAUCUCAGAAAGACAUGCUUUGACGGUGCCUCGCAUUUCAGCUCUUUGGCUGGAACGGGACAGGGUGGAGGGGUGUCCUCGCAGGUAUUUAGGGCCUUUAUUUUUUUGGAUGGGGGCAGGUGGGGUGAAAUAAAGCAACAAGCUCCACUUCAGGCAAGAUGGGUCUGAGCUGCCAUCCUAGAGGCGCACCCAGAGCCCGUGCACCGUCACGGCGUAGUCCUCCAGCCCCUACGACCAGAGCUAUUCACCUCGGGCUGAGCACGCCACGUCCGUCACGGCGAUAAGCAAAGAGGCUCCUCCUGUCUUUGCCCCGUUGCUUCGCUGAUUGAUUGAUUGCCAUGGUGUCUCCUGGGUUGAAGGUGACGGUGCGAGGAGGCGCCCAUGUGUUCAGGGGCCGCAAAGCUCCCUGGACUCGACAUGAAGAUGGAUGGUCUUGCACGUGCUACUUCCUCGGUCUCUCUCGAGAUCUCUCUGAAUUAAACAUCACCAGCUUCUUUCUUCUUUGCAUUUUGAGACUGCACCAGCACCUGGAAAUAAGGAGCAGCACGCUGAGAUUGGGGGUCAUAUCUGACACGGCGCGCUGGGUAGCGUCAGGGGCGAUGCUCUUAUUCACAACUCUCCAGAUGUGUCAGAUGUCAGUUGUGUUUGUUCGUGGCCAGGUGAGCUGUUCCUGGGCUCUCUUCUAUACCGGAUAUUAGUCCUGUCUUAGGGUGAGAAAUCAGUUCAGGGAGGCGUGUUACAGCGUCUGAGAACUGCCUGUUGCGGCAUGCGCACACGCAAGGCGUGUUGUCACCUUAGCGUGCGACUGUUGAGAGCAACCACCACAAGAGGGAGCUUCCUGAACACAAACGGCGCUCUUCCUCUGGGGUUUUCCAGAUGGUUUUUCUCGGAAAGGCUCUCGCACUGCUCCCGGCGUUGCGUGUAGCGCGCUUGCUUUCUAAGAGACCAAGAACCAAACGCACAGCGGUUUUAGGAUUGCGCUAGUGCAGCUGGACCACAGCAGGCUGCAAUGGGAAUUAUCUCGGUAGUUUCAAAAAGGUUUAAUCCCAAGGUUAACUCUUCUGACUAUCGGCGGUCGGCAGCUCCAGCUGAUAGCGCUGGCAUUCGUGUGCAUGGAUCACGGUCGAUAUUUGGCCCUGAAGAUGGUUCCUUGUUAUUGCAGCAGCCUCUCGUAACCGUCCUGGGAAGCUCACCAUGCCACAGCUCCCCAGGGGCCGGAUUGUGCCACUUCCAGUUGAACAACACCCUGAGGCCCCGGGCGGUUUGAAACCACUGGGACUUGUGCAGACGUCGGGCCCCUUGUUCAUUUGUUGGGCGGUGGGGAUGAGGUUGCACCCCACCUCUCCGAACCGCUUUGGUGACGGGACAGGCUACGUAGGCAUGGAGCAGACUUAUUAUCAAGCGCUAAGGUCAUCCCCGCUCCUCGCUCUCAGCGCCGGCCUCUUGCAGAGGGCGAUGAACGGGAGACGAGGACCUGACAGCCCACAGCUAAAAACCCAAUAAACUUCCAUUUCCCCAGCUGCAGAUUGGGGUAGUUAUAGGGAGCUGCAGCACGGGGCUGUCGUGCAGCUGAGCUAAUGUGCUCAGGGCCUUACGACAGCGGCUACUGAAAAACCCCUUUGCACGGCAAAACGUCAGCAAUUAUUUUUACUAAGAGAUCAGGCUGGAUUCUGAGAAGCGGGUACAGGAAGAAGACCCACUCAGCCCCCAGCAAUUGGACUAGGUUACCAAAUAUGACUCAAUACAUCCAUGUAGGCUGGGUUGGGAAGAGAGAGAGAAAUUAAUCCCUGGAGGGUUGAAAAGGUUAUCAGUGAUCAGAGCUGGUGGUUGUUUUUUCCUUCCCGUCGCUAGUGUGUUUAAUUCGCUCCGAGAUUCAAGUUCACUGAAUAGUUUUGACCCCCAAAAGACGGUGCUAGGUUCCCUGUUACCCCUCGAUCUCCUUGCAAGCGAGGCGCGUAGGAGAUGCGAGCUUCCACUUGCGACCGAUCGCUUCGGAAGCAGUCAGUCAGGGGUAGAGAGUCGCUGGGCCAGGUCAAGGCCGAGGUGCCGGGCUAGGGCAGAGCCAGGAAUAAAACCUUGGCCUCCUGACUCCCCGUUCGCUCUCCGCUCCUGUGGCCUUUUCAUUUGGGAGCCACUGUAGACCGUGGGAGCGCCGCCAGGAAGCCGCGUGCCUGGUGGGUUUGCAGAGCCCGGAGGUACGUGGCAGCGCCAGGCUGGAAGCAUCGCCUAGUCCGGCACCGAGGCAGGAUCGAGAGCAUCUCUGAGCUUGUAACCCGCGCUGAACAGACCGCUACCCCAAUCUCCCUGCGCAGCCUCAUCAAAGCCUCGUCGGUGCAAAAUGAACAGAGUCCUUCCUCUUGGACUCGGGGGUGACGGGCCAAAGCCCAUCAGCAAGCAGUUUGCAGCAACCCUUUAGGUGCUAGAAAACCAUCUCCCUCUUUCUCCUCUGUGCUCUCUUCCCUGCAUUGAACAAACCCGUUUUUUUUUCAGCUUGUCCUAGGCCCUGCUUUCCUCAGCCUCUUGCCAGUCUCGUCCCUCUCCUCUGCGUCUCUCCAGCUCUUUUGUUCGAGCCCGGUUCUCUGUGACACGGUGCCAAAAAAUCAGCGGAGCGCUGCAGCUGGGGCCUCCUCCGUGCCGAGCAGACCCGUGUAAUUACCCCCCUCGUCUUACCUCCGGCAUGCCUGUUUGCACACCCCAGGGUGACGAUUCCCUUUCUCACACAGCCGUGCGGCGUUGACUCACGUCCAGGCAGCCUGUGAGUCACGGCCACGGAGCCUGUCCAGGCGGAGGGGACGUUGGGCACACCCGAACCAGCUGCUAGCUACAGCUUUGCCGCCGGUGCCUCUCACCUCGCCUUGGCCUUUGGGCGUGCGCUCAAAUGGGACCCGAACGUGUUGGCUGCAGCCAGGGACGAUGGAGCCCACCUGCUUAGGAGAGGGGGGUCUAAACGGACUCUGUAAGGAGUUGGCGGUGACCCCAAAAUGCAGCGCAGAAGCCUGCAAAAGGCAAAAACCAUGGAGCAAGCAGUCCAUGCAGGCAGCAGCUUCUCUCUUUGCCCGUCCCCCAGCCAUGCACCCUCACGCCGAGGCUUUGCAGGCUGGAGGGUGGCACUGAUCCGCUUGCAGGGGCUGCUCACCACAGGGUGAGGUUUGGGGCUGUCUUCCCAACCCACAAAGCAGGCCAGCCUGAGGGCCACACAGGGGAACAGGCCGAGGGACGGAGCCAGGUAUCAGGCGGUCCGAGAGGUUUGGGGACGGGGUGUUGGGCUCCAGCGCGGCGCCAACCCUGCCUCCCCCUGGAAGCAGCACCCAGGGCGCAGGAGCAGAGUUGCCCCGGGGGGUGUAGGGGCAGGACUGAGGUAGCAGAGGGGGCAGCUAAUGAAAUUCAUGCUAAUCAGUGCAAAUACAGUGGAGUGGUAGCAUUCAUCCAGCUCCCCCCCAUGGUUCCCGGGGGGCCCUUCCUGAUGCAGUGAUGCCGCUGGGUGUUUGUAACCAAAAUUAGAGACAAACCAGACCAAGUUGCCUUCAGCCGAUUCACACCAGGGUGGAAAGGGCAACAGGCUGCCAUCUGGACUAACGAGCAAGGGUUAGAGCUGAUGAGCAAACCGCAGGGGCAAGGCAAGAGGAUGCUGGUCAUGUGAAGCGGGCUCUUAGCCCUCGCCUGCGUCGUUCCCCCGGGCUGCGUGUCUACAAACGCGGUGAGAAGCAGCCCCUGCCCCAAAGAGCUUGUAGGGCCAGACGGAUGAGAGCUGGGCCAGGAAACGGAGGCACGGAGGUGGGGGUGACUUCAGCAAGACUGUAUGGCAGGUAGAGCUCUCCUGGCUCCCAUCCCAGUACACGUCCCACCCUCCUUCCUGGGGGUUCAGGCUUGUCCCUGCCUGGAUGAUCCCCUACCCCCAUUGCCCAGCCUCUGUGUGUGCACGGCACUGUAGAGACGAGUUUUUGAAAUGGGGUGCCGCUCAAUUCCCGAGAGGCACGGAGACCGGGGUGCCGGGAGCCCAGUGGAGAAUUAGUACUCUAAGGAUUCGGGGAGAAGACGAGUCUGUUGAGGGCACGAGGCCUUCCCUGUCCAAAAACUGGAGCCAAAGCACCUUGAAGAGCGGCAACCCAUCACCUUUGCUGCGGGUCCUCCAGUGCCCAUGCUAUGAACGGUGUGCCGGACACGGAGCGGGUUUCGGUGCUCCGGUUUCCCAACUGGGCCACACGCCAGCUCAGAGGAGAGUUUUGUCCAUAGAGACUGAAGAGAGCAACAUGCAACGUGCUCCACGAGAUCUGGUCGUGCCCCGGACGUGGACAGGACGGCUCUUCUCCGGGCUUUGCCACCUGACGUUCAGAUUAGUCGAGUUUUGCAGAUGGAAAAACUCUGCUUUUGCCACAUCUUUUCUGCUACAUCGCCUCCAUUCCCAUAUAACUGCAUUGCCCCCGGCCCUUCGCGUGGUCCGUAGCAAAUGACCCGGGGGGAGAGGACUCCACACCUUCCCAAGCAGGUAUUUGCAAGAACGGCUGCCUUUUGCCUGUGCUUCUUCCUAGCACCGGCUUCCCUCGCUUCCAGACUUGCCUCCAAGGAGAAGUCUGCAUCCGUGCCGCUGUGACUGCAGCCUUCUCCAUCCAACUGAGAGUGAAAUUAUGUGUGAAAGAAGAGUCGGGGCUCCCUCCCCGCUCGCAUUACGACGCCUCCCGCGCUUGCUGCAAGCUCAGCCGCACACUCAAGGAUGCUGCAUCUCAAAGUCCAGUUUUUGGAUGACUCCCAGAAGAUCUUUGUAGUCGAUCAAAAGUCUUGUGGAAAAGGCUUGUUCAACCUGAGCUGUGGCCACCUCAACCUCGCCGAGAAGGAGUACUUCGGACUGGAGUUUCAAGGCCAGGCUGGGAAUAAUGUGUGGUUGGAGCUGCUCAAACCCAUAACAAAGCAAGUGAAAAAUCCUAAGGAGAUUCUUUUCAAAUUUAUGGUGAAAUUUUUCCCAGUGGACCCCGGCCACCUGCGAGAAGAGCUGACAAGAUACCUGUUCACCCUCCAGCUCAAGAAGGACCUGGCCGUGGGGCGGCUCCCCUGCAGCGAGAACAGCGCGGCCUUGCUGGUGUCGCACCUUCUGCAGUCGGAGCUGGGCGAUUUCCACGAGGAGGCGGACCAGCAGCACCUGGAGACACACAAGUACUUGCCCAACCAGGACAGUCUGGAGAACAAGAUCAUGCACUACCACCGGAAACACAUGGGGAAGACGCCGGCCGAGUCCGACAUCCAGCUGCUGGACAUAGCCCGGAAGCUGGACUCCUACGGGAUCCGACCUCACCCAGCCAGUGAUGGGGAAGGGACGCAGAUCAACCUGGCUGUCACGCACAUGGGGGUCCUGGUGCUGCGGGGCAACACCAAGAUCAACACCUUCAACUGGGCCAAAAUCCGGAAGCUGAGCUUCAAGCGGAAGCAUUUCCUCAUCAAGCUGCACGCCAACGUCUCCGCACUGUGCAAGGACACUCUGGAGUUCAGCAUGGCCAGCCGGGACGCCUGCAAGGCCUUCUGGAAGACGUGUGUCGAGUACCAUGCCUUCUUCCGGCUCUCCGAGGAGCCCAAGUCCAAGCCCAAGGCGCUGCUGUGCAGCAAGGGCUCCAGCUUCCGCUACAGCGGGAGAACCCAGCGGCAGCUGCUGGAGAACGGGAGCAAAGGGAAACUACGGAGCCUGCCCUUUGAGAGGAAGCACUGCGCCGCCCGCUACAGCGAGAGGCAGUGCCGCUCCUCGCCGGACCUCCUCACCGACGUCUCCAAGCAGGUGGAGGACCUGCGCCUGGCCUAUGGCAGCAGCCGGGGCUGCUACCGGGCAGCCAACGGGGCACACGCCUCGGCACCCACGCUGGACAUCCGGCGCCGCAACUCGGCGGUGGAGGUGACCUUCGCGGCCGAGCUGGAGCGCUCCCGGCCCGAGGCCGACCCUGCGCGGCUGCCCCACUCCUGCAGCAGCGCGGCCUUCCCCUGGGUCUACGCCGAGCUGGAGCGCGAGCGUGACUGGGAGCUUGCCGAGGCCUUGGGCCCGAGGGGCCCCCUCACCUCCUUCCAGCCCAGCCACGGCAAGAGCACGUCCGUGGGCAACAUGCGUGAGGCAGCCGCCCGCCCGCUAACCUACACCGACGUGCCCUAUGCGGCCCCGGAGCCCGUGGCCCCGCAGGUCUUCUUCUACGUGGACAGGCCUCCAGCGCUGCCGCGACUCAGCCCCACGCCGGCUGCCACCGAAGAGGCCACGAAGAUGUCCGCAAGGCCCUCCAAGCGAAGCCCGAGCCUGGCCAGGAUGUGGGAGCCUAUGCUGGACCCGCUAGCCCAACCAAGUGGCAGCAGCAUUAGCCCCGAGGAGGAGGAGGAGAGUGGUGCCCUGGGCGGCACCGACUACGGCAUCCAGGAGCAGUCGCCCAAGCGGUCGUGGAGCCAGUCGGACAUGAAAACCCUCCGCUUCCCCUACAGCUCAGAGUUUCGGCCGCUUGGCCCCUGCCCCGCGCUCACCAGCCGCAAGGCCAUGGUGCUGCGGUACGUGCUGGCCCCGCCACCCCCCGCAGAGCGGUACGUGGGCAGCGGCACCGAGUCCAGCGACUCCGACCCGGACCUGCUGGCCACCGACUACGGGGUGCUGUACGGGCGGGUGAUGCGAUCGCCCCUGACCCGCGUGCGACUGUCCUCUGGCAGCCUCCAGCUGGAUGAGGAGGACGAGGAAGUAGCCGCGGCCACGGGCGGCGCCGAGAGCAGGACGGCACCUGGCACAUCCAGUUAUUACACCUAAGGGGCAGGUGGAGCACAGGGCAGGGGCUGGUGGGUUGUUGGUGUUGUGCAAGUGCAAGUAGCUGUAGAGGAUGUGGUACUGAGGGCCACGCAGAGCACCCACUCCUCGUAUCUCCCCCUCGUGCCCCGGUCACGGACCAGCUGCAGGGAGCCUGCAUGGUGGAGACCCCCAUGCCCUUCCCCGUGCUGGUCGUGGUGGAAAGUAUCGAGAGGCGCAGGUGUGAUAGUUUCCUUCAGCUCCAGGAGCUGAGAGAUGAUGGCACUGACGAGAGCGGCAGAAGCUUGCGUUCAAUCGGGGACGCGUCGAGAAAGCUUGUCCCCAAGAAAGGCAGAGGUGCGUGGGGCUGCACAAGUGUCUGGGUUAAAGCCCUAGUACUACCCUGCAUCCCCCGCAAACCUGCCCGCUGCCUGGUCCUCGAGCAAUUCCCACCUUGGCAUCGCUCUGCUGGCUCCAGUUCCAAGAGGAGCUGAAUCCCAGCUCCCUCGGCCCCAGCCCUCUGCCUUCCACCAAACAGGAGCCUCCUGCCCCUGGGCUUGCUGGAAGGAAGACAACAGCAGCACCCCCAUCCCACCCCACCUUCAGUCCUGUACCCUACCUCCUGCUCCUCAGCUCUGCACCCUCGGCAAGGCAUUAUCCAGACCCCUUUGCUUCUAGGGUAGCAGCCACUGCCACGAGCCACAUGCACUCAGGCUUGGUCUCAGCUUCCUGGUGGCCCUCAGGGCUGUGCGGAGCAGCAGGAAGGGCUCUGCUUCUGCACCUUGCCCGGAGGGUGGGGAGAUGCAGGGUCAAGUCCCCUCUGAAGGAAGAGGGCCUGGAAGGGAGCAGAGGGCCCAAGCACAGCGGGGGGCAGACAGGGGCAUUCCCAGCAUCAUAAGCAGGCAGGGGCAGCUGCACAGAAACCCAAGCCCAUGGAUCUGCAUUGCCUCCCACCCUCCGGGUGCCUAUGUGAGGGCACGAGGGGUGGGGGAGUAAACACCCACUGGGGACCAUGUCCCAUAGGUGCAUUUUGGAGACUGGUGCUUGCACAUCCCAUGGUCAAGGCACUUCAGGUCAGGACUUGCUGCCCAGCUCCGGCUGUAGAAGACAACAAGGCUCGUGUCUCAGACCCCAGUGCACAAGCAGUGCUACCCUCCAAGGGAGAUCGGUACCAAAAUGCCUUGAAAGAAAAGAGGCUCUUUGCUCCAUAGUCAUGCGACUUACGGGAGUAGGAAAGGUGGCUGUACCCAGCUGCACACCCAUGCUUCCUUCCCCGUUUUCCUGGAUCAGACGGGAUGCGCUGCCGCAGGGCGAGAGAGAGGAAGAAGCAGCAUGUAUGCAAACAGCUGUGCAGAGCAGGUUGCUGUUUAGUUGACAUAAAAACACAAGUUCUCAAGCGUUUGAGCAGUGCCAACACUGGGAGGGAAGAGGGAACAUGCAGAAAGGAAAGAGCUCUUUUCUUAAGUCAUUGUACAAAUAUUGUCCCCAAAACCAAAUGACACCUUUUGGAGGGAGGGGGGAAGUGGCUGCAAAACCAAACCAAGAGGGGCCUCAAGCUGCUGGAUUCUGUACACACUGUGUACACACACACACACACGCCUGUUGGACUGGACUGUAACAGUAAGCAUCUAGGACCACUUUGGUUUAGAGGAGGAGAGCCAGGCCAUCCUCCUAUGGUUUGCUGGGAGCGCCCUCAAUUCAGAGAGAGACAACCUGGCUAACUGGGUAGCACCUUCCCUGGGUGUAUUUGUGGCGCGCUGUUCUUUGUGCUACUGCUCGAGAAGCUGGACAAUAAAUGCAUCACAGAA